CAUACGGACUUCUUCCACCUUACAAAGCAUUAAAAACACAACUUGCAUAUAUAAUGUCUACCGGAUUACCCUCAGGCUGGAGUAUCCGUACUUCCCGUACCCACAACCAAGAAUACUACUACAACGAUGAAACCAAGGAAUCGUCCUGGGAAGCUCCUUCUGGUACAGAUAUUGUGCAAUUGAAGGCCUACUUGCUGGCCACCUACGCCACACCCCCAGACAAGGUCAGAUGCAAUCACUUGCUAAUCAAGUACGCUGGCUCCCGUAGACCUUCGUCGUGGAAGGAGGAAAACAUCACUAGAACCCGUGAGGAGGCCAUCAAGAUCUUGAGGGACUGGCAAGCGAAGUUGAAGAGGGGUGAGGCCAAGUCCUUGAGCGAAAUUGCCCAGACCGAAAGUGACUGUUCUUCCCACAGCCAGGGUGGCGACUUGGGUGCGUUUGGCAAAGGCCAGAUGCAACCGUCCUUUGAGAAGGCGGCCUUCAAGUUGAACGUAGGAGAUAUCAGUGACAUUGUGGAAAGCGACAGUGGUUUCCAUUUGAUCGAGAGAGUUGCCUAGACAGGACUACCGCACUGAGCCUUCUUUCCUCCUCCCGCGCUAGUAUCGCUCAUCUUAGUGGAUAUGAACGUUUUUGUGACAUAAGUGUUUAAACGAUAUAGGGAUGGGUGAUUUGUUUGUAAAAUCUGGACUGCUGAAGGUCAGAACUCCUUCUCAGACUUGGAAAUUAGGCUGUAUUGAAUCCUUUAAUAGGGUAAAUGUAUGGUAUUGUAUAGUGUAAAUGUAUGAUAUUGUGCAUUAGAUGCAAAUCAAAAAAAAAUGGGGUAUACAUGUCAAAACUAAG